CAACUUUCAACGGAGUUGGCCGAAUUUAUUGUGUCUCAGGAUAUUUCAGACUCAUUUGAAGUGCUUAAAGCGCUUUCCUGGCCAUUGACCCAAAGGAAAGGAACGUCUUCGCCUCCCAGAACUACGGGUUGUGUUCCCCUUCUCAGAGCUGAACCCUCCUGCCAUUCAACAUACCCAAAAAAAAAGAACUAUGCACAUCAUUUGCUUCAACUUUCAAACUGAUGAGUGAUAUGCUUUCAUCAAUAUUCUUAUUAUAAAUGAUUAUUUCCCUCAGGAGAAACCCGCAUCCAAGAUUUUUAUUUCGUAAGAUUCGACACAGACCAUUUCUCACCUACCUAUUUGGAUUGAGGGGGUUCUUCAAAGCCAUCAUGAUUAAAACAAGACCUAGACUAUAGCCCCAAAGCGUCUUAAAGCUCUGCUGGUGCGCUCAAGUGAUCUGUCACUUAAGUUCCCCCUCCUCUCUUCUUUGGUCCCUGUCUCUCGCGAAAUGGCUCCCAUAGGCGUCCCAGCCAGUGUCAUCAAUGUCAUUGUUGGUCCCCUCUUAAUCGGAUCGUGGCUCAACAUCUGGCUUUAUGGGGUAAUGUUGAUUCAGACACAAAUAUAUUAUCGCCAUGCGCAGAAUGACCCUGCCUGGAUCAAAUACCUGGUGGCUUUCAUCUUCCUAGCGGACACCCUCAAUUCCGUGUUUGACACAUGGUUCACGUAUCAUUACGCGGUGCUGGAGUUCGGCAACCCAAAGACGAUCCUGGUAUCCAAUUGGGUUUUCAAUACAGAACCCGUCAUGACCGUCGUCACAUCCUCAACCGUCCAAGCGUUCUUCGGAUGGCGAGUCAAGCGGCUAACGGGUAUCACCUGGAUGGCUGCAAUAAUCGUCAUCUUUGCCUUUAUUCAAUUCCUGGCUGGCCUUGGAACGGCCAUCGGCUGUACCAUCCUCAAAGAAUUCGUCCGCUUCAGGUCGCUCAAAUCGAUUGUGAUCGUCUGGCUCGUUCUCGCGCCUCUGACCGACUUCCUCAUUGCCGCCACCCUUACCUGGUACCUGCGUUCGCAUAAAACUGGCUUUGCGACAACGGACGAUAUCGUUAGUCGAAUCACUCGAUUGACAAUCCAAACUGGAGCCAUUACUGUCGUCUUGUCGAUUAUCGACUUGGCCGUAUACUUGGCCUGGCCUAACAAUUUGCACUUGAUCUUGAAUAUGCCGCUUCCCAAACUCUAUGCAAACUGUCUCAUGAGCUCUUUGAACGCCCGCCGCGAGUGGAGUAUUUCAGGAGUCAGUUCUGAUGGCGUUUCCCGAGGACGGCCCCAUCAUGGUGGGAUCAGCAUCACUACGAAGGCCGAAGUUGUUCACGAUGAGAUCGAACUCGACAUAACCAGUAAACAUCGCACACAAGAUGGUACUCCUUGGAGUGUCCGUCCAAGUGCCGGCGGCACUAACGUAGUUGGUGUUGGAGAUCCUACCAAUAAACCGAAACGCGAUGAUGGGUUAUCGCUACACUCGGAUUCGAUUGAUGGGGAUGAUUCUUCAAGUCAGAGACCCAAUGGGGAUUGGAAGGCACAAUAGCUCUAUAACGAUCAUUUCCAUUUCUUGCUUCCAUCCUUUUACCUCUCAGAACUUGGAAUCCACCUGAAACGCUCCCAAGUACUUAUCCAUACAAAACAAACUGAUGCGUCCCAUGUGUUCUACGCCGUCGACUGAUUAAUGCACGAACCUGACCUCCCG